AUGAUCAUUAGAAUUCUUCUGCUGCUCUUACUUUCAUGUGUUACAAAUGGAAAAGUGGUAUGGUGAAUUGACUCCCCGAUCUUUUGAAACUGUCAAACGUUUUGCGACACAACCGGGUCUUCCCAAGUUGCAGAACAUCGUAUUUCACAUUUUUUGAGUUCAAAACACGCGACUUUGAGACAAGAAAGAAAAGUAGUACAUUUAGAAUGUUCGGCCAGUGGUUUCUGGUGUGCGAAUUGAGAGUGAAGCGAACUCUCCCGGAUUUUCGGGUUACGGGUAAGAAUUUUCAGAUUUCUGUUUCAUUUUCAAGCAAACUCAUCUCAACUUUAGAGAUGCGGGGGAACUGUUGGUUGAAGCGAACGCACCUGUUGAAGUGGUCAUUUUUGGGCAUGGAUUGGAAAGUGUAAGUUAUGUUUUCCAGUAAUAACCACUGUUUCAAUUACUGUUUCAGGUCGAAAUGGUCGCUUUCACUGAUUCAGUCUGUUUGACAUCAGAAUUCAACAUAUCUGAAAGCGCUUUUCAUAUUCACAAAGAUAUGAAGAUUGUCUUCAAAUAUUCGUUCAUUGCGUAAGAACGUUUUCUUUUUGCCAUUAUGAAAAAUAUGUUUGAGUUGGGACAAACCAUGGAGAAUCUGUCUAAAAUCCGAUAUCUACGGCCUUAUUCAAAUUGACGAUGAUAGAACGUGGAUUCAGACUGUGCAAAGUGUACAUGAAACUUUUAUGCCUGUCGGAGUUCAGGUAUCUUGAAUAGUAACGUCUAUAGUCAAUCGAACUGCUGUCAGGUUGCAAUUCUAUUGUUACUUUUCUCGAUUUCCGCGCUUUGUUCGGGGUUGACACUUGGUUUGAUGGCGCUGACUCCACAGGAACUGAAGAUUCUUAUGAAAUCAGGUGAGCUUGUCACCGAAUAUGGUGAAUGCUAGUUUUGAAGGUACGGACACCGAGAAGAAACAUGCUACAGCUAUUUACCCUAUCAGAAUGGAAGGAAAUCGAUUGCUUUGUACAGUUAUCAUCAUGAAUGUGGUAAGUGCUUCAUAUUAAGAUUCGACUGAAAGUCCAUCACCUCCAUGACUUCCGCCUUUUGGAAAUCUGUUCAGAUUUUUUCAUUUUCUUCCAGAUUGUCAACACCGGAAUCACACUUCUUUUCGACGACCUUGCUGAAGGAUUGAUCGCCUUCUUGGCAUCGACUAUUGGAAUUGUGAUAUUUGGAGAAAUUCUUCCGCAAAGUAUCUGUGUGAAGUAAGCCCUCUCCACAUAACCUUCCCUUACCUUUAUACAUAUAUGUAUGCUCAGAUAUGGUCUAGCUGUGGGCGCAAACACGAUUUACAUCACCAAGUUCUUUAUGUUCGUCCUGUUUCCUGUUACUUAUCCGCUGGCUAAGGUAAGUAAAAACAAACUUUCAUAAAGAUCUGAUAAUAUACAUUAAACUCAUCAGAUACUCGAUAAAUACGCCGGAGUUGACAUUGAUCUUGUGAAUCGUUCAAAAAUGGUAGAGAUGCUAAAGAUGAACAUGGAGAGUGGGGCAUGUGAUAUUGUAAACUUCAUAAUGUUUUGAUUCUAAAUGUGUUCAUGAUGUUUCAGGACUUGUCAACACUUAAAAUUGCAAUCGGAGCUAUGGAAUUGACCAAAAAGUCGGUUAGGGAUGUUAUGACUGACAUUGACGUGUGUUUUCCUACAUGUAUUGCUCAGCCUAACAAAUUUUAGGACGUUUUCAUGCUAUCUGAGGAUCAAAUUCUGAACGCAGAAACAAUGACAAUAAUAUCAGACUCUGGCUACACUAGAAUUCCAGUUUAUGAGAAAAACAACAAAAAUAAGGUACACCAGCAUUGCGCAUGGACCUCAUUGCAAACAUUUUCAGGUCAAAAACCUGUUGUAUGUCAGUGAUUUGGCGUUGAUCGGAAAAGAUAACAAUAUAACUGUGAAAGCAGUGGCUGGGUUCAAUAAGAGAAGAUUGCGAAUCGUGGAUGAGAAUAUGCCGUUGGUCUCACUUAUGGAUGAGUUCAAAAUGGGAGAAUAUCACUUGGCAAUGGUGGCCAAGGCACAGGAAGUCAAAAAAUUGCAUAAUGGAAAGUUUGUGGAUAUUAAGAUGGACAAUUUCAUAGUGGUAGGCUUCACCAGAUUGUCUUCAAUUCAUGGGUUUUGUAUUAAAACCUUUCAGGAGUCGAUGCAACUAGUAGAAGCAACAAUGCUCCCCCAACACGAUUCUGAAGAAAAUCCGGUCACUUUAGUUGGGUUGAUAACUCUGGAAGACAUCACUGAAGAACUGUUACAAGCGGAAAUAACGGAUGAGACCGAUUGUUACGUCACUGACGAUGCUCAGAAGAAGCGAAGAACUAAUACUUCCAAGAAAAAUGCGCCGGAUCUGUUUUGCAGUGAAAAAAAGAGUGAACGACUAUCUCUUCACAUGUUGGAGGUUUGAAUUCAGAAAAAAAAAACACAUUGCCACCAUAUUUUAGAUGACCGAGAAGUGGCUUCUGGAGAAAACACCAUUGUUCAGUGGAAUGAAUCCGAAAGCUUUCGAGAAUUUGAUUCAGAGAAACAUUAGAGAAGUGCGUCCACCGUGAAACAAUCAUCAAAAAUUGACCAUAUUUUUUGCAGGUUCUCAUCGUUCCCCCGAAAAACAGCACUUCGCCUGGAACUCUGAAUUUGUUUGAGUCAGGUAUGAUGAGCAAACGAUUUGUGCUCAUUCUAGAAGGAAAAGCGAAAAUUCGAUUCAAUCAGGUUGGUUUUACUGACCGACUUUCAAAAGGUUACUUCACAGAAAGACCUUGUCUUCGAAGUCGGACCGUGGACUUGCUUCGGAGAAGCUAUUCUGGACAAAAUGGAGGACUGUUUGAUGGAGAAAAAAGGUGUUCCAAUCAGGUGUUUUGAAAUCACAGGCGCUUUUCAGAACCUUCGACUGGAUUUUUUUUCAUACCGGACUAUGAUCUAACCGUCAGCGGUACUUGCCGGUUUUUGCAGGUAAGAAAGCCUGAUUUAUCUUCUUUCAAGUUUUAAUUAAGAUUUCUACUGGCUCCCUUCUUCAUUCUCUCAGAAUAACCAAAUUUGUCAGGGAAAUGAGGUUAGUUGCUUCAGAUUUCAUGAAAUUUCAUAAAAGAUUCUCCAGAUCGCCCAAAAUAUCAAUCACUAGCGACGACGACACAAUACCUGGAUCGAGAAAGGUAAAUUUGCAAUAUCAGUUCUCGACAAUCCACAAUCAACUUUUAGGUGUCAUUCUUGGAAACUAGUCCAAAUGGAGGACGCAAACGGUCGUCGACAAGUGUUAUGAGCAGUUUGGCACUUCCACCAGCACGAUUGGCUGCAAAAAUUGCUUCAGUAGAAGAGUUGAAACCACUCAUUGAAUGA